AUGGAGAGCCUCCAGAAUUGCGAGCCCGACCGGCGUGGCUUAUUCUUCUUCUUCGCUGUCUUCCUGGCAUUUGCUGCAGUGUCCUAUGCCAGCGUUGAGGACGACGAAUACUGGCGGAAGAGGGCCGAGGUGGCCGAAGCCCGGGCCCGUGCCGCCUACAACCCUGACCCGGAGUCCGUCACAAACAGCUUCAAUAGAGCAGUGCACAGGGUCUUGGAGGCGAACAGCACUAGGAGAAGUCUCCGGGGCUACGCUGGCAAGUGCUUGGCCACCAACCCGAUUGACCGAUGCUGGAGGUGCAGGAAGAACUGGGGUCGCCAUCGCAAGAGGCUGGCGUCCUGCGUCAAGGGCUUCGGCCACCACACCACCGGUGGCAAGGAUGGCCGUUUCUACGUCGUUACGGACUCCUCCGACAAUGAGCUCAUAAACCCCCGCCCCGGCACCCUCCGCUAUGCCGUCAUCCGGUCGGAGCCGCUCUGGAUCGUGUUCGCCCGCGACAUGACGAUCCGCCUCUCCGAGGAGCUCAUCGUCAACAGCAACAAGACGAUCGACGGCCGCGGGGCACGCGUCGCCAUCGCCAACGGGGCCCAGAUAACAAUCCAGAAUGUGCACAACAUCAUCAUCCACAAUAUCCGGAUCAAGAACAUCAAGGCCGCAUCAGGCGCCACCAUCCGGGACUCCCCUGAGCACUUCGGUCAGCGGAUGCAAAGCGACGGCGAUGGCAUCUCCGUCCUCGGAUCGAGCGAUAUCUGGAUCGACCACGUGUCCAUGUCGAACUGUGCCGACGGGAUCAUCGACGUCAUCGACGGCUCAACCGCCGUCACCAUCUCCAACAGCCACUUCGCGCACCAAAACAACGUGAUGUUGUUUGGCGCCACCGAUUCCGCACAGAAGGAUACUAUCAUGCAAAUAACAGUCGCCUUCAACCACUUCGGGAGACAUCUCAUUCAGCGGAUGCCGAGGUGCCGAUGGGGAUUCGCUCAUGUGGUGAACAAUGACUACACAUACUGGGAGAUGUACGCAAUCGGUGGUAGCCAAAAUCCCACUAUUAUUAGCCAAGGCAACAGAUAUAAAGCUGAUCCUAACAAUCGCGCCGCUGGAGAGGUGACAAAGAGGGAAUAUACACCGGAGGAGGUGUGGAGGCACUGGACGUGGCGGUCGGAGGGCGAUGUGAUGCAAAACGGGGCGUACUUCAUCGAGUCGGGACCUCCGAGUAAGAGGAGCUUCUUGAGAAGUGAUUUUUUGAAGGCUAAGUCCGGGAAGUCUGUUGGUAGGCUCACCCGCUUCUCCGGGGUGCUCAAAUGCCAGAUCGGUAAGCGGUGCUGACGUCGUAGGGGGUCGGCAUGCGUGCAAGGGAAGGAGGGAUAUAAGCAAAAAGAAGUUCCCUAUCACCGCAUGCAUGUUGGUUUGCUUCAAAACUGGAGAGAGAGAGGAUUAAGAUGAGAGAGAGAGAGAGGGAGGGAGCAACACGCACUGAAGUCAAAUAUAGCGGGAGAGAUUGAAUUUGUAUUUGCUAUUUCAUUUGAGACAUCAUCAAUAAAUUCUAUUGGAUUUAAUUUUAAAA